AGACACUGCUUGCUCUAGUGUUCACCUAUCAUCAUCCCUAGCUAUGCCACUUCAUUUCAACGGGUUCUCAGCGCAUAUCAGCUGUGAUGACACAGAGCUGGAAAUAUUUUCGGCCCAAGAGGACGACGAAAUGGCAACAGGCUGGAUAGCCAGUGAGGUCUUGAAGGAGUUCAAGGUUCACUGGGGAGAAGAGACCGGGGACAUACCCUUCAUUGCCGCAAUCUAUACCGACGGGAACAUUGCUCAACGCAUGCAGCAUCGAACAGGCGUGACAGGAGACUGUAGGGGCGUGUAUGUCUCGUCGAGCUCUAUCCGCCCAUUCACGUUUUCCGACCUUAUUCUCACAGACGACGACGCCAUCAUCAACACCAAGAACGUUAGCGACAAACUCGGCUCGAUUGAAGUCAUAUUGACGCGGGUUGAGCGUUUUGAGCCGACCAAGAGACCGUAUGUCGGUAGAUAUGGUUUUACCGAAAUCGGACCUGUACACGAGAAGAGCAAGAAGGCCGGGGUCCACACCGUCACUCUCGGUGAGAUGGUGCAGAUUGAACCCCAGACGACUUGUGAGACUGUCGGCCGGGAAACCGAAUCAUGCGCACAUUUCCUAUUCCGCUACAGACCUAUAGAACUCCUUCGCGCAAACGGCAUUGCACCGCAAGUUUCCGGUCUCAAGGAUCGCAGUCACGACGUGGAGGAGCCUGGGGCCCCCGGACCCAGUGAUCCCAAACGCAAGCGCAAGGGGCCUGCAGUGAAGUCUGAAACGCUGUCCGAUGAUGAGGAUGAUGAAGAGGACGAAAAGUCGUUAGAGGAGCAACUUGCUUUACUUCAGGGCCGCCUGGAGAAGAAGCGUGCCAAGAAGGCGCAGGCACUGGUCAAGCGGGAAAUGUCGCCCAUCCGCGUCCCGUUUAUUUCGGACGACGAAGUGAUCGAUUUGACCUAGGAAAGGAGUCUACCCCCAGCUUGUGGUGAGGAUUUCGGCUUCAGAUAGUACUGUCUCCAGACAGCCGUUCUUCUUGUCCGUUUGGCCUAUCGUUUCUCCUGGUUCGUCGUCUUCUCUUCUUUACCAUAUUUCUGUGACAUAUCACUCGGUGUAUGGACCGCCUAAUUUGUUCCGA